CUUGAAAGCCUGUUUCCUUUGCCGUUGAGUCGUACUAUGAUUUCACUUCGGCUACAUUUCGCAAGAUAUAUGUGUGUGUGAGAUUUCGUUUGUGAUCUUUCCCGCGCGAUAUAUGAGAUUUUUAGUGGCUCCGAAGUGUCAUACUUUAAAUAUGGGUGAUAUCGGUCACGUUGAUGUGUUGACCAGUGAUUCCGCGCGUUUAACAGCGGAUUCCGGCUUUAGCGAUCUUCUGAGAUCGGCAGAACAGUUGUCCGCAGCAGUCGAAGGAAAUGAGGAACUACCGCAAGUCGAAAGGAAUCUCCGGCAGGUCCUGGAGGCUUCCAAUGAACUGUGGGCUCGUGUUAUGCAAACUAGCACACAGGAUAAUGAAGCACAAGCCCAUCUUUUAUUAGGAUCUCGAGGGAUAGAUUUGCCUCAGAUCUCUCAAAAGUUAAAUUCACUCAGUACAAGACGUACAUUUGAGCCUUUAGAUCCUAUCGCAGAUACUGACAUUGUUAGUUUUCUUAGAAAUGAAAAGGAAAAUGCGAUUCUUUUCAUCAUUGAACAGGUUCACAGAGAUACAUUUGAGCUUACUAGAACUGAACAAAUGGAGCAUAUGCUAGGUGAAUGGAAACAAAUGCGUUAUGAAAUAAUAAAUUCCAUGACUGCACCAUCUGGUGAACUAGUAGAUUUACGUGGAGCGCCACAACGUACAAAACUAGCUGGUUCAAUGGUCAGUGGUCUUUCUAACAUAGAAGUAGCAUAUGUCAAAGAAAUACAGAAUUAUAAUGACCAUGUACUUAGAGGUAUAACACGACCCAGUUUGUUCACUGCAUUCUAUAAAGCUUCAGAAUCUUUCAAUGAUAAGAAAAUAACAGAGUUAUGGCAAAUGGUAAAGUAUAUGGUUGAUAUUCCUCCAACACCCAGAGGAGACCAGAUCAAGUCUAGAAGCAGUCCAGUGGUUGAACUGAAAAUCAUUUCACAAGCUAGAAAAUAUUUAGAGAAUAGAUACAGAGAUUUCAUGAAUUCUAUCAUCAAUGAAAAUUUGGCACAAGCAAAACGUGGUGGUAUUCCGGGUACUAUACCUCUGAUUAAGAGUUUUGUAGGCGUCAAAGUACAAAAUAUGCGGGACUUGGAAGAUGUUAUGGUCGAAGAUAAGCCAUUGUGGCCGUUGGUGUACUAUUGUAUGCGAUCUGGCGAUUAUAAAGCCGCACUGCAAUGUCUCAACCAAUGCACCACAGAAUUUCCAGAGUUUAAAACUGCUCUCGAAGAAGCCUGCGACGAUUCGCAGCACCAUCCAAGCAGCCGUGCCGAGUCCAUCCUGAAAUUACAUUAUCGGAAACAAGUACGAUCCAUCGGUGAUCCGUACAAGAGAGCCGCGUAUUGCGCUUUAGUUCCUUGCGAGCCGGACGAUCUCCACUCCGAAGUGAUAUCCACGGCGGACGAUUACCUGUGGUUAAAAUUGUGUCAAGUUAGAGAACAUUCGGACGUUGAGAAUAAAUUGACACUGGAUUAUCUGCAAACUACAAUUUCGGAGAUCUACGGAGAAACAUAUUAUCACGCGCAUGAACAGCCCUUUUUGUACUUUUCAAUGUUAUUCUUAACUGGACAAUUUGAAGCGGCCAUAGAAUUCUUGGCGACAGGCGCUGGAGCGAGGCAUUUGGCACACGCGGUGCAUCUAGCGGCUGCUAUGCACGAGCAUAAUUUAUUGGCCGUCAGUCAAAGCGUUUUGGCGCCUCUAAUAAGUGUGGAUCCUGCUGACAAGCCGCCGGCGAAAAGACUAAAUUUCGCCAGGCUGAUAUUGUUGUAUGUUAAAAGAUUUGAAUCGUCAGAUCCAAAGGAGAGUCUUCAUUAUCUGUUUUUACUGAGAUGUAUGAAGGAUCCGUAUGAACGUAACAUGUUUGCAGCAUUUGCUGCGGAAAUGGUGGUAGAAGCUACUCCUGCAAAUCGCGUGUUGCUAGUCGGAAAACUUGAGAAAGGUCAAAGACUACCGGGAAUCUUGGAUCAGUUCCAAAUCAAUACAGAAGAUGUAAUAAAUAUAUGCGCCAUGAUGUUAUAUUUGAAAGGUCUGCUGGAAGACGCCGUGACGAUGUAUGAUUUAGCAGGCAAUCAGGAAAAAGUCCUCAGUUUAAUGUGCACGCUUCUGACGCAAGUCGUCAGCCAGAAAGGAGUACCUGGUUCUCUCAGAACACGAUUGCAAGCUACAGCCAUGGACAUCAGUACGAGAUAUAAAGAUCACGCAAUUCAAGCAUCUUCCGAAGUAGUAUCUUCGUUUUAUACUUUAAGGGAUCUUAUGGUUUUCUUUGAUCAAUUUCAUAAUGAGCAAUAUCAGAGUGCACUUAGAACAAUUGCAGAUUCAAAAAUGUUGCCUCUCCAAGUAAAAGAAGUUGAUGAGAGAGUAAAUGCUUUACGGCGCGUUUCACCCGAAGUGGCUGGCACAUUGGCCGACGUUCUUCUAGCUACUAUGACGAUAUUGUAUCGUCAAUAUCAGAAACUGCGUUCGGUAGAACCAGGUGAUGAGAUUGCACGAGAACAACAGCUGCACGAUCUCCGAGAACAAGCACGAGCGUUAACGAGUUUUGCGGGAACUUUGCCAUAUCGUAUGCCAAAUGAGACAAACAGUAAGCUUGUACAAAUGGAGAUUUUGAUGCAUUAAAAAGUCGACUGUUGUUAAAUAUAAAAUUGAACUUUCGGAACACCUAUUCCAUUGAAUCAAAUCCAUUAAAUUAAAUUUGGGAGGUUUGUUUAUCUCCCUAUCUAUGUAUGUAUAAUGUAGUGUUUGAUAUAUGUAUUUGAUAUCUGUUUAUAUAAAAUCUACAUUUUUAUUUGGUACUAAUUGAACACUAACAUUUUUCCCUUAAAUAUAAAAUCGUAUAUUUCCAUCACCAGGUAUACAAUAAU